UUGCAGUGCUCUAACCAGUCUAACCUGAAUGACAUUCAGUCAAAUCAAAGUAUUAUAUCUAAUCUAUAUCUAAGUUAUUAUUUUUUUAGGACGGAAAAAAUAGAAAUAUGCAUUCAUUAAUAAUGACAGCACAGUGGACAUAUUUCGUGUUACAUCUUUACUUUUUCCUUUGAAAAUAUUUUGUUCGAUAAUAAUGGAAGAAUUGCCACCAUUCAAACCCCCAAGGGGGGUUAAACCAAUAAAAGAGACCAGGGUGUUAAUGUCUGUUAUAAGAAGUCUCACGGCUAGUGAAACUGAUGAACAAAGAGAUAGAGAAAAGGCUAAUUUAGAAAUGCAAUAUAGACUAUGCGACCAAAAAUUAGAUGAAUUAGUGUUGAAACACGAAGAAGAUCUCACAUUAGUAAUGCAGAUCUUUGGAAAUAUAUCGCAAUGUGUUAAUGAGAACCGUUUAAGGAUAAGAAAAAUUAAAGAAAGCUUAAUAGAAUGCAAAAAAGUAUUAGGAUAUAGAAAAGAGAGGAUUAGAAAUUUAUGGAGGGACCGGCUUGAAUAUAAGUUCAUUUUGGAUAUGAUAGCAGAAAAUAAGGGAUCCUGAAGUAUUUUAAUAUAAUAAUGAAAAUAUGUAUUUUAUGAUAUGUAUGUUAAAUAAAACUUACUCAAUUGUA